GUAUGUUAACAGGACCAAUGAGUUUUGGAUAUAAAGCCAGCAAUUGGGAACUUCAUUCUGACCACCAUCAUAGGAAACUCCAAUAAGCUAAGGCCAAUUGAUACAUGCAUAUCACAAAGGCACACACUUCCAAAACAACAAAUCCUCUGUCACCAACAACUUCACCUAUAAAUACCCCCUUUAAGUCUCACUGUGAAUCCCUCACAAGAUGUUGAACACUAUGGAAUAUACUUACUCAGCUGAAGAAACUGCAGAUGCUGAAACUUACACCACUAGCAGCUCAACUCAACCAGUUUCCAUGAGAAAGAAGAGAAACAAAAACGCAAGAAGGUUCAGUGAUGAACAGAUCAAAUCAUUGGAGUCUAUGUUUGAGUCAGAGUCAAGGCUUGAACCUAGAAAGAAGUUGCAAUUGGCAAGAGAGCUUGGAUUGCAGCCAAGACAGGUUGCAAUUUGGUUUCAGAACAAGAGAGCUAGGUGGAAAUCAAAGCAACUUGAGCGAGAAUACAGCAUGCUUAGCUCCAAUUACAACAAUUUGGCUUCCAAGUAUGAAGCACUAAAGAAGGAGAAGCAAACAUUACUAAUACAGUUGCAGAAGCUGAGUGAUUUAAUGAAAACGCCAUUAGAGAAAAGUGAGAGUUCUACACAAGGUAAAGCAGCAAACAGCAUGGACAGUGAAUCAGAAAAUGGAGCAACCAUCAAAUGUGAGCCUGAAGUGAAGCCAAGCCUAUCAAUGGAAAGAUCAGAACAUGUACUUGGUGUUCUUUCAGAUGAUGACACCAGCACUAAGGUGGAGUACAUUGGCCUGGAAGAUGAUGAACAUGGCCUUCUGAAUUUUGCUGAUCAAGCAGAUGGCUCAUUGACAUCACCAGAAGAUUGGGGCGGUUUUGGCUCCAAUGAUUUCUUAGGCCACUCAAGCAGUGAUUAUCAAUGGUGGGACUUCUGGUCCUAAAAUGAAACAUAACAUUCAAAAUUGCUUCGAAUUUGGAUUUCCUACAGUUGAGUUCCCCCUAAAUUCAUAACGGUUAGAGCUCCAUAGCCGUUUGACCAUAAUCGGACGACUCAUAUUUAAAGAAAUCAGUAGUACAUCUAAUGUCGGAGUUUUAAAUCUAUCCAUAUAAUGUUAAUCGGACGACUAUUGAGUAUUGAGCCCUGACUGAAGUGAAUUUAGGAAAAUUCAACUGCAGCGAAUGUAAGCAUUAUAUGAUGUUACAACCAUUCUCUUGUUGAAGAAGGUGGCAGGGUAAGAUGAAGGGAAAUAGGAGAGGGGACAUUUAUUUUCUGUACACACUCAUUAGUUUGUAGGAAAUGAGUUUACUUGUUCUUGUCUCUUCAAAAGGAGUUCCAUCUCUAGGCUUCAGGUGAUGACCAAAACUCUGCUAAUGAAUUGCAAUGUGCUACUGCAUUGAGUUCAGAUGAAACCAAAAGUCCAAAACUGCAGAAUUGCAUCACCAAAAGGAGAUAGGAUACUAGAGAAAUAAGGAUGCCAAGGAGGCAAGAAAUUGUAAACUAAAAUCUAAAAUAAACGGUGAGCAUGAAAGAGAUCAAGAAUCCUUCACAAUUGGCAUGUGAUUAACCUAUCAGAGCUAUACACACCCAUUGGAAAUACAAAUAAUCCAUAGUUGGUAAAUGGUAA